AAAAAAAAUUUCGCUGUCAUAGCUAAACAUGAUUUGCUAAAACUGCGUUUGCUGUCGUGACUAUAAAUUUCUAAACUACAGCGAAGAGGUUUACUGUUGUACCUAAUACAUAAGUAAAAUAGCAAAAUAUGCAUGUCUGUUAGGAUCAUAUCGUACAGCACAUAAAAGUAGUUAUCGGAACUAACCGAUAUGUCAGAGGUAUAACAUCGUUUCGUUAAGCCGCGCACAAUUGGCGCGAGCAGAACUGCGCAUGCGCAGCAGUGAGUGAGUUAGUAAGUGAGUGAGUGAAAUAGAGGAAAGACAAAAGCUGAUGCAAUGACGAUGUACUUACCUCGUCAUGAAAUGACAUGUUAGUCUAUUAGUGCAAUGCUUGUGUCGCGUACUUUCAAUCCACAGUUUUGAUAUGGCUACGAGUGUGGCAAUACACCUGCUGACUGCUUGGGGAUUUAGCGAAGAAGUAAUAGGACAUUUUAUAGAGAACUAGACAGAUAUAGGAUAAUAUUCAGUGAUGCCAGAAUUGAGACACAAGCAGUAAAUCGCAUGACUUCAGGAGCUCAAGAAAUAGAAGUCGAUCAAUUUAAAUAUUUAACAGAAGAAGAUCUUAAAACUUUAAUACCGAAUAUUGGACCCCGACGAAAAUUUCAAAACAAUGUAAAAGAACAUUUAAAUGAGAUUGCACAACAAUCCAUAGAAAAUGUUGAUCCAAAUAAUCAACAGCCACAAGCCACACAAGAUUUGGAUUAUACAAACAUAUCAAUAAAAAGGCAAAAAAGAGAUAUAAAGCAUGAUGAAGACAACGAGUUAAAUAAAAGCAAUAAUAUAAGCAAUAUUACGGAAAACAUCUUUCCGACUUCAUUAUCUGCAUCUUCUACAUCUGCAAGUACAGGAUAUGAUGUUAUAUUCUUAACAAGUAAUGCCACAUCUGCAACAGAAAUAAAGCAAUAUGCAGCUACUGAUAAUAAAUAUAAUCUGAAAUCUAUAUUUAAAAGAUCUGAGGACGGUCAGUUGCUGCUAAGUUUAUAUCAAAAUGAAGGAAGAUUGAAUAAUGAUCAACGAAAUAAAUUAGCAAAAAUAAUAGUUAGUAAUGAGCUGUCGCCUAAUAUAAGCAACACAAUAUGCAGCGAAAGGGCAUCUUUUCUGAGUGAUCAUGUGGUACAAUUAUUUCCUACUGAAGAUAAGAGUGUUUAGUAUAUUAAGAAUAAGAAAGGCGAAUCAUAAGGUAGAGGAAAAAUUCUGACAAAAUACUAUUGUACACGACGAAAACUUAUUAAAGCUGGUUUGUUGAAU